AUGUCAGGCUCCGGGAGGAAAGACUUUGAUGUGAAACAUAUCUUGAGACUCCGUUGGAAACUCUUCAGCCACCCUUCCUCUUCUCCUGGCGGGCCGGCGGGGGGCAGCUGUCUCCAGCAGGACAGUAGCGGCAGCUUUGAGCAUUGGGGACCAAGCCAGAGUCGUCUUGUAAAAAACCAGGAGAGGGGCAGCGGAGGCACCUUCUGGAAAAAGUCCUCCUCUUCCUCGUCUUCUUCCUCUUCCUCUUCUUCUUCCUCUUCCUCUAACCCGCUCAAUGGCACCCAGACCUCCGCUGCAACCAGAUUGCAUCAAGGAUUACCUGGUCAGAGCCAGCAGCAUUCUCCCCGGACAGUCUUCUACGUGGAGUCCCUAGAGGAAGAGGUGGUGCCAGGCAUGGAGUUUACCAGAGAACAUGAAAAGACCUUGGUACUUCAAGAGAUGAAAGUUGAGUCUGUGGACUCUGGCCAGGCAACAGGUGAAGGAUGUGGACACAGGCUGUCAGCAACAAGCCAUUCUCUGACACCCCAAAGUGAUAUGGACUCCAGUAGCUCUGAGGAAUUCUAUCAGGCAGUUCACCAUGCUGAACAAACCUUCCGGAAGAUGGAAAGCUACUUGAAACAGCAACAGCUCUGUGAUGUGAUCCUGAUUGUGGGCAAUCGCAAGAUUCCUGCUCAUAGAUGGCUUUCUUACCAGGGUACAGAUAAAUUCUUCUCAAGGUUUUUGAAAAAAAGGUCAGGAAAACUAAAAGUUUUAUGGGGUUGCCUAGAACUAAAGGAAGACACUAUUGAAAAUCUUCUGGCUGCUGCUUGUCUUCUUCAGCUUCCUCAAGUAGUAGAAGUGUGCUGUCAUUUUCUCAUGAAGCUUUUGCAUCCAUCAAACUGUUUGGGGAUACGGGCAUUUGCAGAUGCUCAAGGGUGUAUUGAACUCAUGAAGGUGGCUCAUAGCUACACAAUGGAAAAUAUAAUGGAAGUUAUCAGAAAUCAAGAGUUUUUACUCCUCCCAGCUGAGGAGCUCCAUAAGCUGCUGGCCAGUGAUGAUGUGAAUGUUCCUGAUGAAGAAACCAUCUUCCAUGCCUUGAUGAUGUGGGUUAAGUAUGACACACAGAGGAGAUGCAGUGACCUAAGCAUGCUUCUUGCCUUUAUAAGACUGCCACUGCUUCCACCCCAGAUUUUGGCUGAUCUUGAAAACCAUGCUUUAUUUAAAGAUGACUUAGAAUGUCAAAAACUGAUCCUGGAAGCUAUGAAGUACCAUCUACUGCCGGAAAGAAGAACAUUAAUGCAAAGCCCAAGAACUAAACCAAGGAAAUCUACUGUUGGAACCCUAUAUGCCGUAGGGGGAAUGGACAACAACAAAGGUGCUACUACUAUUGAGAAGUAUGACCUCAGAACUAAUUUAUGGAUCCAGGCAGGAGUGAUGAAUGGCAGAAGGUUACAGUUUGGUGUGGCUGUCAUUGAUGAAAAGCUCUUUGUUAUUGGUGGUCGAGAUGGCUUAAAGACCUUGAACACAGUUGAAUGUUACAAUCCCAAAACCAAGACUUGGACUGUUUUGCCGCCAAUGUCAACACACAGGCAUGGUUUGGGUGUAACAGUACUCGAAGGUCCAAUUUAUGCUGUUGGAGGUCAUGAUGGCUGGAGCUACCUGAACACAGUGGAGAGAUGGGAUCCACAAAGUCAGCAGUGGACGUUUGUUGCCAGUAUGUCAAUAGCUCGGAGCACAGUUGGUGUGGCAGCAUUAAAUGGCAAGUUAUAUUCAGUUGGAGGCCGUGAUGGAAGCUCUUGUUUGAGUUCAAUGGAAUACUAUGACCCUCAUACCAAUAAGUGGAACAUGUGCGCCCCAAUGUGUAAGAGAAGAGGAGGAGUAGGAGUGGCCACUUGCGAUGGCUUUCUGUAUGCGGUAGGAGGCCAUGAUGCUCCAGCUUCAAAUCACUGUUCUCGUCUGUUAGACUAUGUGGAAAGAUAUGACCCCAAAACAGACACGUGGACCAUGGUGGCUCCUUUGAGUAUGCCUCGAGAUGCUGUUGGAGUGUGUCUGCUGGGAGACAGAUUAUAUGCAGUAGGUGGAUACGACGGUCAGUCCUACCUGAACACUAUGGAAUCUUAUGACCCACAAACUAAUGAAUGGACACAGAUGGCUUCCUUAAACAUUGGAAGAGCAGGUGCCUGUGUCGUAGUCAUCAAGCAACCUUGACCUGCUUUCAUUGUUUGGAAUUUGACUCACUGCAGUGAUUAUUUUUCUAUCACAUGAUAAGAAUGGUAACUUUAUAAGAACAAGAUUUUAUGAAAAUUGAGCUACUGAUGUCAAAGAAGGUGGAGAUCAAAAAGAAUGAAACAAAGAAAGAAAUAAGAGAACAAUAGUCUGUUUAGAGGACAAAUGUCUGGCCAUCUUGUAGUUAGCUGAGGAACUGUUACUGGUACUUUGUUUUGUAGAAUAUAUAAUGACCAGAGAUACCAAAAGUUGUGAAUUUUUUAAAAAUCAGCUGAAAGAUGAGAAACAGGU